GUGCUCUGCGCUCGGUGGGUGCCAGCCAGGCCCGAGCGAGCCGAGCGGGCGAGGACAGGCACCGAGGGGGCGCGGCCGCCGGCCGGACGACACCGCAAGCGACACGCAGGAGCAGCCCGAGGCCCGACCGCCAGCACAUUGGCAAUGGAGCGCCUGGUCGCCCGCCGCACCUUCCCCCUGUUCGCGCGCACUAGCGCCUGCCGCAGCCUCUUCGGGCCGGUGGACCACGAGGAGCUGAGCCGCGAGCUGCAGAUCCGCCUGGCCGAGCUGAGCGCCGAGGACCAGCGCCGCUGGGACUACAACUUCCAGCAGGACGUGCCGCUGCGGGGCCCCGGGCGCCUGCAGUGGACCGAGGUGGACAGCGACUCCGUGCCCGCCUUCUACCGCGAGACGGUGCAGAUUUCUUCGCCAAGCGCAAGAGACCCGCGCCCGAGGCCAAGGCGUCGAACGAGGUCCCCGCGGGAUGCGCCGCCCCUGGCGCCGCUCCGGCCGUGGGCUCGGCGGAGCAGACCCCGCGCAAGCGGCUGCGAUGAGCCUCGCGCCCAAAGAGCCCCGAGGGAGCCCGCUGGGCAGCGGACAGGACAGGAGCGCUGGGCCUCGGCUGGGACCGUCCAUGUAGCAGCAACCGGCGGCAGCUGCCCCCGAGCAGCGUUCGGUUUUAUGUUUAAAAUUUAAAAAAAAAAAAACAACUGUGCAAUGUAUUAAUAACGUCUUUUAUAUCUAAAUGUAUUCUGCACGAGGAGUACACUGGUCCCAAGGUGUAAAGCUUUAAGAGUCAUUUAUAUAAAGUGUUUAAUCUCUGCUGAAACUCAGUGCAAAAAAAAAAAAAAAUGAAAAAAGAAAAAAAAAAGGAAAAAAGAAAAAACAUGUAUAUUUGUACAAAAAGUUUUUAAAGUUAUACUAACUUAUAUUUUCUAUUUAUGCCGAGGCGCGGGCCGCUUUGCCGCGCGAUAGCUCGGUUACUGGUUCCGCCAAAGGCACGUCACCCGCAUCUGGUUAUCGACAAAUGUAACUUUAUUUUUAUAGCGGACUCUGGGGGGGGAGGGGUCGCUCACAAGCUGUAGCUGCCGAACAAGCCCAGCUAGUUAGUAGUUCUUUCGCGCUUUCUCUGUCUCUUUUAUUAUUAUGGCUAUUUUAAACUGGAAGACAAAUCUGUUAACAUGGUUCCUGAGCCGUCUGCAGCACUGCCCCGGCCCCUCGUCCGCCGGGUUCCAAAUAAAGAGGCCGAAAAACGCCGCA